AUGUCUUCAGCAACAAAUUAUAUUUUAUUUUUAAAAUCAAUAACGAAAUAUUUAUAUCAAAUAGGUGGUCCAAUUCUAAUGUGUGUUGGUAGUAUUAGUUGUAUAUUAAGUUUAAUUGUAUUUACGAAAAAAGCUCUACGAAAAAAUCCAUGUUCAAUUUAUUUUAUUUCAUAUAAUAUUGCUAAUUUUAUCUUAAUGUAUUCAUCAAUAUUUACAGUAACAUUAUCAGCUGGUUAUGGUGUUUCUCCGUCUACAUAUAAUUUAGCUUUUUGUCGUUACAAUUUAUACAUGGCAAUUUUAAUCGAUAUUCUUAGUUCAUCUUAUUUAGUUUUAGCUUCUAUUGAUCGAAUGUUAGUUACUUCAGUUAAUGUUAGAGUAAGACAACGAAGUACUCGUCGUAUUGCAUAUAUAAGUAUCAUUAGUAUAACAAUAUUUUGGAUAUUAUUUCAUAGUCAUAUAUUAUUUUCAGCAGCUAUAAUACAAGCUGCACCAAAUACUUUUGUUUGUAAUUUACCGCCUGGACCAGAUUUAAUAUUACAUUCCUAUUAUUCACUUAUAGUCAAAGCAAUUUUAAUACCUUUAUUAAUGAUUAUAUUCGGUGUAGUAGCCUUGAAAAAUAUUCGAAGAUUACGAUCUGUUGCAGCUGCUCCUGUUUUAACAAAUACUGGAACAACUGUAAAAAAUCAAUCACAAUCUAGUCAUGCAAAAGAUCGUCAAUUUUGUUUAAUGUUAUUUAUUGAUAUAACUGCAUAUAUUAUUUUCAGUUCGAUGUUAUCUGCAAUCAAUAUGUAUCAACAAAUUACUCAAUAUAAUGUAAAGAGUUCAUCACAAACACAAUUUGAACUGUUUUUGAAAACUACCGCUGUUUUUAUUAAUUAUAUUUCAAUUUGUAUUGGAUGUUAUACAAAUAUUUAUAUAUCAAAAACUUUUCGUAAUAAUAUUAAAGAUAUUAUUUUAUGUAGAUGA